AAUUCGAUGCUUUUUUCCCUCGUCCACUUUCAAGUCUUCGUGUUAGCAAUUUUUAUAAUUUCCAUGUUACUUGCUCCCGAAGCUUCUGAUUCGCUUUAUUAAGGCCAUUUCUUUGAUUUUGAUCUCAUUCUUCAUUGUUCAUCGCUGUUAAUCACGCACAAUCUAGGAUUUUCCAACACUUAUGGCUUCUGAUGCUGUGCACGAUCUCAGUUCCGUCUUCUCCUCUGAGGGGAGGGACUUUCUCAUCCGUAAUAAUGGCGAUCAGGUGAAGAUCAGUUCCUUAAUUGGAAAGAUUGUCGGAUUGUAUUUCUCGGCGUCAUGGUGCCCUCCCUGUCACCGCUUCACUCCGAUAUUUGCGGGGGUUUAUGAGGAAUUAGCUUCUAAGGGUGAUUUUGAAGUUGUCUUUGUUUCUGCUGAUAGCGAUGACGAAUCUUUCGAGGAUUACUUCUCUAAAAUGCCAUGGUUGUCCAUUCCAUUUUCUGAUUCGGCUACCAAAGAACGUUUGAAUGAACUUUUUGAAGUGAGGGGAAUUCCCCAUCUUAUUGUUCUCGACGCCAACGGGAAGGUUUCGACUGAUGAUGGAGUGAGAUUAGUCAGUGAAUAUGGGGCUAAUGCUUAUCCUUUUACUUCGGAACAGAUCCAACUUCUGAAGGAUAGAGAGGAGGAAGCUAAAAGGAACCAAACCAUUAGUUCCAUUUUGGUUUCGAACCAGCGUAAUUAUGUGAUCUCGAAUAAUGGAAAUCAGAUUCCUGUCUCUGAGCUAGAAGGGAAGGUGAUUGGGCUCUACUUCUCAGUGUAUGGCCAUGAAACUUGUGAUGAUUUUACACCUCUUUUGGUUGAUGCUUACAAGAAACUGAAAGAGGGGAAACAGAACUUUGAGAUUGUGUCGAUCUCUUUAGACGAUGAGGAUGAUGACUUCAAUGAAGCAUUCAAAACCAUGCCAUGGUUGGCAUUGCCGUUCAAGGAUGAGAAAUGUCAAAAACUCAUUCGAUAUUUUGAGCUUAGUGAUAUUCCUACUCUUGUCAUAAUUGGGCAGGACGGCAAGACUUUGCACCCGAAUGCAGCGGAACUCAUCGAAGAGCAUGGUACUGAUGCCUACCCUUUCAAUCCCGAAAAACUCGAGAAACUUGCUGAGAUUCAGAAGGCAAAGCUCGAGUCACAGACUCUGGAGUCUCUUUUAGUUCGUGGAGAAAAUGAUUUUGUUAUUGGAAAAAAUGGUGCAAAGAUUCCAGUAUCUGAACUUGUUGGCAAGAACAUUUUGCUCUACUUCUCAGCACACUGGUGCCCUCCAUGCCGUGCAUUCUUGCCAAAGCUUAUCGAGGCAUACAACGAAAUUAAGCAAAAGGACAAAGAGUUCGAAGUCGUUUUCAUUUCAAGUGAUAGCGAUCAAGAUUCAUUUGAGGAAUUCUUUUCAGGGAUGCCUUGGUUAGCUCUGCCAUUUGGGGAUGAAAGGAAGAAGUUCCUAAAUCGUAGGUUCAAAAUAGAAGGCAUUCCUGCACUCGUAGCCCUUGAUCAAAGUGGUCGUACUGUCUCAACAGAUGCUCGGAAUCUCAUAUCAUCUCAUGGCGCAGAUGCCUAUCCGUUCACAAAGGAACGUCAGGAGGAAUUAGAGAAGCAGCUGGAAGAAGAGGCAAAGGGGUGGCCUGAGAAACUGAAGCAUGAACUACAUGAAGAACACGAACUGGUUCGAACACAUCGAGCUGCGUAUAAUUGUGAUGCCUGUGAUGAAUUGGGAUACAGUUGGUCGUUUUACUGUGAGGAAUGUGACUUUGAUAUGCACCCAAAAUGUGGUUUGAAAAAGAACGAGGGAGCUGAGGAGCAAAAGGAAGAGUGGGUAUGCAAGGGAGACGUGUGCCGUAGAGCCUAAGAAAACAUAUUCAGAACUGCAAAGAAUAUGAAAGCUUGUGAUCAUGGUAUGUCGGUUGCCUGUUGCCUUCUAUGAUGGUCUGGUGUGUGCUAUGUCCUGCAGCUAUGUUGUUUCAAAUCAUCUAGUCUGUGAUGUGAUUUCUAGUCUAAAUAAAUUAAAAGAAGUUCGUAGUUUCAAGCAUUUUAUGCCUGCCUUUUUUUGGGCAUUGUAAUUUGAUAGCCUUAGUUAUUUCUCCCUGCUAUCUCCCCCUCUUUAAUAAAUAGAAUUCA